GAUGGAAUAAUCCCACCUGUCUAAAGCACUAUUAUGACUUGUUGAUCUGGGUGAAUAAAGAGCUUGAAAGAUGCUGAAUGAUGAAGAUGUUGCUAUUGAGUUUGUGUUUGUUUCUUGUUAAAGGUGCUACAUGUGACCUUAUUAAUUCAGAAAAUGUGAACCAAGCUGCCUUAGUAGGUAAAAAUGUUACGCUGUCAUGUGCUUUAAAACAAAAUGGUGAAGACAUAUUGCACAACAAUCACCAACCUAAAAAAUAUAAUGUAACUUGGAAACACACCCCUGUACACUCUCAGAAAUCCGUAAAUAUUCUAGAAGUGCAGAUAGACUCUGGUUUCCAUCCUCAUCUGGUUCAUACAGCUGAUGGAAACAAGUAUUUCAUCUCAGCAAAGGAUGGAUCACUGAUAGUACUAGAUAUUGACCUCACUGAUGCUGGACUGUAUACCUGUUUGGUGCAAGGGGACUCACUGUUGAAAAAUUCAACUUCAGAUUUGUUUGUGUUGUUGCCACCACAGUGCCGCAACCUCAUACCAUCCUUCACUUACCAUAAUGGGGAUGUCAACCAGGAAACAUUGUUUGAUUGUUCUGUACAUUACCAUGGUAACAAGCCUCCUAUAAUACUUUGGAAACAUGACAAACAGGAACUGAAUACUGGCACAGAUUACCAUAACAACACUUUUGCCAUGGCAACCUUAUCCUUUAAGCCAGAUAAGAAGUAUGAUGGUUAUAGAUUCCUAUGUUUGGUGGAGUAUCCGAGUGCUAAGUUUUUAACGGCAUGUCAAACUAAGCCACCAUUACAGAUUUAUUUUCCUGUACAUUUAAACAAAAUGAUAAUAAAACCUCAAGCCGAGAAAUAUGUUUAUAAUUCUGGGAAAAGCAUCAACCUGGACUGCCAAGCAAGUGGAAAUCCCCAUCCUAAAUAUAGAUGGACAUUUACACCAAAGGGAGAUAAUUCUGCAGAAAUAACAUUGUCUACAGAACCAAGAUACACAAUAACUGAUGCAGAUGAGAGAAAUGAAGGAACAUACAACUGUACAGUGACCAACAACAUUAAUGGAACUUUGUUUAUUGAUACUCAGACAAAAUAUAUCAAAAUAAAUGAUGAAAAUAAUUCUGAUGGAGAAUAUAGAUUUGUUAUUAUACAGUCAAGUCAGGAAGAUAACACUACACCAAAUCCAACAUCUUCAGCUGGUAUAUCCCCAUAUGCUAUUGGUGCAGUUAUAUGUGCAGUAUUGGCUGUAAUUCUAAUCUUGGUGUUUGUCAUCCUGGGAAUGAAGUUUAGAGAUCAAUGCUUCCUCAUGCAGAUGAGGGACAAACGAACUCAUACAAGAUUGACCCGAGAUCAUGAUGAGAACAUGGAUGACCAGGAAAUAGAACUAUUAGAUGACAGUGUCCAGUCCAGUGUUCAUACUGAUGAGCCACAGUAUGGUAGAUUGAAGUUAUACUGGGAGAUUCCCAGGAAAGACAUUCGUUUAGUAGAAGAGAUAGCUGCAGGGAGUUUUGUAGAAGUAUGGAAAGGGAAAAUGAAGAAAUAUCCUAACAGUAGUGAGAUUCAGAAAGUGGCUAUAAAGAAACUAAUAGAAAAUGCUACAGAGCAAGAAAGAAAAUUUUUCCUGGGAGAGAUGGAAGUACAGAAAAUGUUACAACCUCAUCCUAAUGUUAUCCUUCUGAUUGGUUGUUAUACCUUCCAUGAGCCAUGGUUGUUAAUGUUAGAGUAUGCACAAGAGGGUACUCUAUACGAGUAUCUACAGUACAGCCGUCCAGGAGCACAAACAGUGCAGAUCUCAUCUAAUUCAGUACAUCAUAAAAACAUUAAUUCACAUCGACUGCUAGCUUUAGCUGCACAAGUAGUUAAUGGAUUGAUGCAUCUACAAAAGUUUAAGUUGAUAUACUAUCGUCUGAAAUCCAGUAAUAUUUUGGUAGGACGUGGAGGGAUCUGUAAACUAACAGGAUUUGGAUUCCCUCAUGAAAUCACAGAGAGAAAUCAGUAUGAGAAUGAUACUUUACCUGUUGAGUGGAUGUCACCUGAAUCAUUGAAGGAACAAAUAUAUAAUUAUAGAACAGAUAUCUGGUCAUAUGGGGUGUUAUUGUGGGAAAUCAUUCAUUUUGGUUUAUCUCCAUAUUUGAAUCUUGAUAGAGAAGAGGUAGAAGAUGAUAUUUUGUCAGGGAAACGCCUUGAACGACCACCACAUUGUAGUGAAGACUUGUAUCAGUUAAUGUUAGACUGUUGGCAAGAAGAUCCAGUAAAGAGAAUAGAAUACCCUGAUAUUUUACAAGUUUUGUCCAACCUGGCAGCUGAUCAUUCAUUACAUAUACUUCUAGACAGUUUACCUGACACAUGUAAAUUUACACAAGCUGUAUAGUAGUUGUUUCAUGUGUAUACCUGUCAGACACAUGUGAAUUUACACCAAUUUGUUUUAUUCCAUUUGUAUACUACCUGAUAAAUGAUUUAAUACAAAUGACAUUUAGUACCAAAAUUUGUACAAAUUUAUCAGAAACUUUGAAUUUGUUUAUAUUAUAGAUUUUAUUAUACUCUAGUCACUUAUACUUGAUUUUUGACAGAAUUCAGAUAUGCAGUGUAUCUCUUCUUUACAUGUCAGCCUGAUAACAAUUUAAUGUGCAGACAUACAAUUACUAAAUAUUUCUUACAAGUUCUUGAAUUCCAAAGAGGUAGAGUACAGUUAAGGGCAUGCAAUACAGUUACAGGGGAGGUAAUGACGUUGAUAACAUAAAUUGUUAUUUUAGCGACGUCAAACUGUGACAUAUCGGGGAAAAAUGAAUUUUUGACUGAUUUUUAUCAUUCAGACUGAUUUAACUUAUAAAACAUGUUCAUCGACCCCUCUUUUUAAAAUGUCAUUUGGUUUGAUUACGUAUGAAGAAUAUUUGUACAAUGUACGAACUUUCAUGAAAAAGUCGAUGAUGCAAUUUUUUUUAAUUUUAUAAAUAUACAGAAAAAAUAAUGUUUUUUCGACAUUCUUGAUAAUUUGAUAAAUUUUAGUGAUUUCUAAACAAAUAUUUCAUAAUAUUUUUCACAAAAUACAGCUUAUGUUUAUCUUUUAAAACAAAAAAGUUAUGCAUUUCUGUGGGAAGGAAAAAUAUGUCCCCCAAAAAAAGAAUAUUGAGCAAAUAUCGGAAACUUCAACCACAUCUUACUCAAUAAGUAGCACAUGAAAGAAUAUUUUUAUUACAAAUUUGAUUUAUGCAGGUAAAAUAUAGCCUAUAUAUCUUAAAUGGAAAAAUUCUCACCAUCAGAAAUAAACUGU